AUGACAAUAAUUAAGCCAGAACCCAAUACUAUAGACGAGUUCAAGUUACUUUCAAGUGAAAUCAACCAGAACAAUAAUGGUUCCAAAUCUAGCUCAGCGACUAUUAGAAGUUCUCAAUCAUGUCCUAACCGCCCAGCUCUUAGUGAUAUCUCAAAUAUUAAAAAGUCACCUAAACAAAAGGAAAAGGAUAUGUUGAAACAAAAAUAUGUCAAUUUCCUACUCAGUCCUAAUGUGGUUGUUGGAUCCAAUGAGGAGCAGAACAAAAUUUUAAAAGUUUCACAAGAGAAAGAUAUAGGAUCAGAGAAUCAUUUGGUGAUUAAGAAGGAGUCGCUAGGAUUAAUGGAAAUACCCAAAGAACAUUUGAAGAAGAAAAAUUAUAAAAACAAUGAACUAUAUGUUGCAAGACAUGAGAGUGUAGAAACUGGGAAAAAAAUUGAAGAGAAGCUUAUUGAAUCUAAAGAAAUUACAAAUACUGAUAAUAUUGGAAAUUUUGAUGAUAAAAAUGUCAAACAACAAUUUUCUGACUCAGAAAAUAAUGAGGAAAGAACUUUGAAAUAUGAAGAUAUACGUUGUGAAUCGCCUGGAGGUUACGAAAUAUGUGACAAACUGCUAUAUGAACUUAAUGAUAAUGAAGAAUUUGCAGAGAGUCACAUGGAUGAGAUAUUUAAGAAUCUCCAACCAAAUGAAGAAGAAUUCUAUCGUGAUGCAGCAAAGUGGUCACUACCUGAAUGGAUAGGAUUUGGACAGAAAAUGAUUGAUGAAUAUACUCAACAUGUUGGUGAACUUGUUGAACAAAGAAUUCAGUUGAGCUAUAAAUUCGAAAUAAUUACAAAAGCGAUAAAUGAAAGAGCAGAAGCUCUUAAUAAACGAGGUAAAUUGUUGGAUACAAAAUUGAAUAAAAUUAAGGAUCUAGGGAAAGAAAUACUAGAGAUCAUUUAA